AUGCUUCUGAGGAAACCCCCUACCCCCAAUCUUCAUCUCCCUCCCCGUCCUCGUCCCCCUCUCCCGUCGUCGACAGCCCUCCCCCGCCCUCGUCACCUCUCCGCCGAAUUCAUCCCACCACCCGCAUCCCCCUCCCCACCUUCGUCCUCCCUCCCCGCCAUCGUCCACCCUCCCCAUCCUCGCCCGCGCUCCCUGCCUCGUACCUUCUCCGCGACCUCAUAUUGCCUCCGCGCCCUCAUCCCCCCUCACCGUCCGCGUACCAACUCCCCCACCGUCGCCCCCUCUCCCCACCCUCGUCCCCCCUCCCCACUGUCGGCCCCCCUCCCCACCCUCGUACCACCCCUCUGCCCUCGUCCCACCUCCCCGCCCUCGUAUCACCUCCCCGCCCUCGUCCCCGCCCUCGUCCCACCUCCCAGCACACGUCCCACCUCCUCGCCCUCGCCCCUCCUCCCCGCCCUCGUCCCACCUCCACCCCCUCGUCACACCUCCCUGCCCUCGUCCCCCACCCCGCCAUCGACACCCCUCAUCUGUCCUCGUCACGCCUCCUUCACCCUCGUCCCAUCUACGUGCCCUCGAACACCCUCCGCACCCUCGUACACCCUCCGCACCUUCGUACACCCUCCGCACCCUCGUAAACCCUCCGCGCCGUCGUACCACCUCCGUGCACUCAUACCGCCUCCGCACCCUCGUACCCCCUCCCAGCCCUCGUACCCCUCUCCGCCCUUGUCCCCUCCCCGCCCUCAUCCCCCUCUUCGCCCUCGUCCCCCUCUCUGCCCUAGCCCCCUCUCCGCCCUCGAGACCCUCUCCGCCCUCGUCCCCCUUUCCGCCCUCGUCACCCUCUUCGCCCUCGCCCCCCUCUCCGCCCUCGACCCCCUCUCCGCCCUCGUCCCCCUCUCCGCCCUCGUCACCCUCUCCGCCCUAGCCCCCCUCUCCGCCCUCAACCCCCUCUCCGCCCUCGUCCCCUUCUCCACCCUCAUCCCCCUCUCCACCCUCAUCCCCUUCGCCGCCCUCGUCCCCCUCUCUGCCCUCGUCCCACUCUCCACCCUCGUCCCCUCAACGCCCUCGCCCCCUCUCAGCCCUCGACCCCCUAACCACCCUCACCCCCUCUCCGCCCUCGCCCCCUCUCCGCCCUCGCCACCCUCUACGCCCUCGCCCCCCUCACCGCCCUCGCCCUCUCUCCGCCCUCAACCACCUCUCCCCACCCUCUCCGCCCUAGCCACCCUCUCCGCCCUCGAACCCCUCGCCGCCCUCGACCCCAUCUCCGCCCUCGACCCCCUCUCCGCCCUCGACCCCAUCUCCGCCCUCGACUCCCUCUCCGCCCUCGACCCCCUCUCCGCCCUCAUCCCCCUCUCUGCCCUCGAUCCACUCUCCGCCCUCGACCCCCUCUCCACCCUCUACCCCCCUCUCCGCCUUAAUCCCCCUCUCUGCCCUCCCCCCCUCUCCGCCCUCGAACCCCACUCCGCCUUCGUCCCACUCUCCGCCCUAGACACCCUCUUCGCCCUCGUCCCGCUCUCCGCCCUCAUCCCCCUCUCCGCCCUCGACCCCCUCUCCGCCCUCGACUCCCUCUCCGCCCUCGACACCCUCUCCGCCCUCGACCCCCUCUCCACCCCCGUCCACCUCUCCGCCCUCGACCCCCUCUCCGCCCUCGACGCCCUCUCCGCCGUCGACCCCCUCUCCGCCCUCGUCCCCCUCUACGCCCUCGUCCCCCUCUCCGCCCUCCCUCCCUCUCCGCCCUCGACUCACUCUCCACCCACGACUCCCUUCGCCCUCGACUCCCUCUCCGCCCUAGCCCCCCUCUCCGCCCUCGACCCCCUCUCUGCCCUCGACUCCCUCUCCGCCCUCGACCCCCUCUCCACCCUCGACCCCCUCUCCACCCUAGCCCCCCUCUCCGCCCUCGACCCCCACUCUGCCCUCGACCCCCUCUCCGCCCUCGUCAAACUCUCCGCCCUCGUCCCUCUCUCCGCCCUCGUCCCCCUCCCCCGCCAUUCCUUCGUCCCCGCACCCAGCCCUCAUCCCCCACCCCGCCCUCGUCCCCCUCUCCGCCCUCGCCCCCUCUACGCCCUCGUCCCCCUCUCCGCCCUAGCCCACCUCUCUGCCCUAGCCCCUCUCUCCGCCCUCGACCCGCUCUCCACCCUCGACCCCCUCUCUGCCCUCGACCCCCUCUCUGCCCUCGACUCCCUCUCCGCCCUAGCCCCCCUCUCUGCCCUCGACCCCCUCUCUGCCCUCGACCCCCUCUCCACACUCGACCCCCUCUCCGCCCUCGCCUCCGUCUCCGCCCUUAAACCCCUCUCCGCCCUCGACCCCCUCUCUGCCCUCGACCCCCUCACCGCCCUCGACCCCCUCUCCGCCCUCGUCCCCCUCUCCGCCCUCGUCCCCCUCUCCGCCCUAGCCCCCCUCGCCGCCCUAGCCCCCCUCUCCGCCCUCAAUUCCUUCUCCGCCCUCGACCCCCUCUCCGUGCUCGCCCCCCUCUCCGCCCUCGUCCCACUCUCCACCCUCGUCCCACUCUCCGCCCUCGUCCCCCUCUCCCGCCAUCUUCCCACCGGCCCGCCAUCGUCCUCCCACCCCGCCCUCGUCCCCCCUGCCCCUUCCUUGUCCCCUCUCCCCCACCCUCGGUCCCCGUCCCCCGCCCUCGCCCCCUCUCACCCGUCCUCGUCACCCCUCCCCCGCCCUCGUCAACCCUCCCCCGCCCUCAGCCCUGACGAGUAUCGUGUGGCGGCGGAACUUGUGGGCUGUCGGCGGCGGCAGCCGCGGGGUUUCGCGGUGACACGGUGCGCCGCCCCCGCGGCCGAUGCUAAACCCGUUACGUGCCGCCGGUCACGAAAGCCCACCCACUGCCCUACUGUGCUGCUGCUGCCCUGCCCUGCCGUGUUGUUUCCGCUUGUCGUCGCGUGCAGCAGCGGCGACGUGGGAAACUCGGCGGCCGCUCCCUCUGAAGCAGCCGAAAAUCGUUACUUCCUGCACUGCUAG